AUGGAACUGAGAAACGAAUCUUCAGCAGUGAAGAUCACUGUUCCACAGAAACCUCCGUCCUUAGAACAACAACCUGAAGUUGUUCGAACACGGAAAACUCUGCUUAUUUUCAUCGGUAUUUUAUUUGUUCUGUGUUUUAUCAAUUUCAUGUUUGUUAUUCAUUCAUUGGCAACGAGCAGUUCAAAUAAAGAUCAACCUCCUAAUAGUAGUUCACAAUUAGUAUCCAUAUUGAUUGCUUUUGUCUACUAUGGAUUCGGUGUACUAGUGACAUAUCGUUACUAUCAAACAGGUUUACUUGCCUUUGCAUGGCUUGGUUUCGUCUCACUUCUAUUAAUGCUGGCUGUUGUAAUCGUUAUUCUAAUUGGAGUGAUCAUUACAACGUCACAUUUAGGAUUUGUGAAAGGAAUCCUGGUUGGUGUCAUAUUCAUUGUUAUUUGUCUGGCCGCUUCAUUACUUCAGAUUUUUGCUGUUCGAUAUGCUUUUCGUCUAUCGAAACUAUUAAGAUCAACUAAACGAUUCACUAUUGAGCAGAUCUAA